AUGUUCACAUUUCUGCAGGUUAUUUGUGAAAUCUCAUUAGAGAUACGCUCUUUGGAUAAGGAAGUAAGAAAGUGGCCUAUGUUCCAAGGUCUAGAAGCGGAACUGAAAGAUAUAAAUGCAUCAGUCAUGGCCGUGCGAGAUUUGCAAAACCCUGCUGUUCAGGACCGACAUUGGAUUGAGCUGAUGCGUGAUACCGGACGCGAGAUAGAAAUUAAUAAUGAUACAACCUUGGCUGAUCUGCUAUCUCUUAACUUGCAUAAGUUUGAGGAAGAAGUCCGUGAAAUUGUUUCCAAGGCCUCUAAUGAGCAAAAGAUUGAGAGAGACUUGGAAAAGAUUGAUCAAACAUGGAGGGAUAUGAAUUUCGAAUAUGAGAAGCACGACAGAACUGGCUUGCAACUUCCUAAAGCAACAGAAGAGCUAACUACAACGCUUGAGGAGAUUCAGGUCAAAAUUUUGGAGAUGCUAGCAAAUAGAGACAAUUCGUUUUCAAUAAGCAAAAUUAAUUUCUGGCACAAUACAUUAUCAACAACAGAUCAGGUACUUACUCUGUGGUUUGAAACUCAACGCGUUUGGUGUGGGCUGGAGUCUAUUUUUGUGCUGUGUGAUGAUAUUAAAUCUCAAUUACCAGAAGACACGCAGUUGUUUCUUCAACAUGAUGCUGAAUUCAAACAACUUAUUGAAGAAAUACGGAAUAAGCCAAAAGUCAUAGAUGCAACGACUCAGCGAAAAGAACUAUAUACAGAGCUUCAAGCGAUUAGAGAUGGAUUCACCGUCUGUGAGAAGGCAUUGGCUGACUACCUUGAGACAAAACGACUUGUGUUUCCAAGAUUUUACUUUGUAUCACAGGUUGAUCUCAUGGAUAUUGUGAGUAAUGGAAAGGUUCCAGCAAAAGUCAUGCGGCACCUGUCAAAACUUUUUGAUAGCGUUUGCGAUCUAGUUUUUUCCGAUGAUGAAGCUGAUAAAAAUACAGCCGUAAGGAUUAUUGCCAAGGUAAUGAUACUUUUAUUAGCCUCUUAUUGA